AUGCGCCUCUUCGAUCUACCGACGGCGCUCCUGGCAGUACUGGUCUUGCCAUCUAUCAGCGAUGCGACCCAUACAUCCAACUGGGCGGUGCUCGUCAGCACAUCGCGAUUCUGGUUCAACUACCGACAUAUGGCGAAUACCCUUUCAUUAUACCGUACAGUGAAGCGCCUAGGCAUACCAGACAGCCAAAUCAUACUCAUGCUGCCCGAUGACAUGGCAUGUAAUCCUCGCAACACCUUCUCCGGCAGCGUCUUCAACGACAAGAGCAGAGACCUAGAUCUCUACGACCAGAAGAAGGACAUUGCACCGAGUGAGGAUUCGGGACACACAGGAGGCGAAGGUGGCGAGACGGUCGGACAAAGCAUGCCUGCCGGCGUAGAGGUUGACUAUCGUGGUAACGAAGUAACAGUGGAGAACUUCAUCCGCCUGCUGACCGAUCGCUGGCCCGCCUCACACCCCACAAGCAAACGCCUGACCACGGACGACCGCAGCAACAUCCUGAUCUAUAUGACCGGCCAUGGCGGCGAUAGCUUCCUAAAAUUUCAGGACGCCGAGGAAAUCAGCUCUCACGACUUGGCAGAUGCAUUCGAGCAGAUGUACGAGAAGCGGAGAUAUCACGAAUUGCUCUUCAUGAUAGAUACUUGUCAGGCGAAUACGAUGUACACUGAAUUCUAUUCACCUGGCAUAGUGGCGACGGGAUCGAGUGCCAAGGAUCAGAGUUCUUACAGUCAUCACGCGGACCAGGAUGUUGGUGUAGCUGUUAUAGAUCGCUGGACUUAUUACAACUUGGAGUUCUUGGAGACGAGGCUGAACAGCACCAGUUCUGAUGUCAGGUUGGGAGAGCUGUUCGACUUCUACACUUUCGACCGUGUGCAUAGUGAUGCAGGUGUGAGGUAUGAUCUGUUGGCUGGAGGGGAAGAGGAAGCGAGGAAUCGGAGAGUGCUGGACUUCUUUGGAAAUGUGCAGGGGGUGGAUGUUGAGACUGGUGCUGCUGCAAAGGAAGCGCUGGGUGAUUGGCGAGCAGAUCUGGAGGCUUUGAGGAAGAUCGAUGAGAGAACGAGGCGAGGUAUGCGGGAGCUGAAUGCCACUUCUGAUGGCAAAGCUCCUGAUUCUGUUCGGGAGUCAGGCAGUGAGCAGACUUUGCGGGCCGCUGGUGAUGCUGAAGAUGGCGUGCUUGACAUGGCUGGUUUGGCUGGCGGCGAGAGCUGGGUCAAGAAGGCCAUUGGCGGUGUCUCACUGCUCGUAAUCAGCGCUGCAUGGAUAGCCAGUAGUAGGAUGCGAUGA